AGGUUUCUGAGGAAUCUGUGGGAACUUGGCGGCAAGCCAUACGGCUUGUUCUUUGUACUCUACCGGAAACAAAUUUGAGACUUCUUCGUUAUAUUUUGCGCUUUUUACAUCGGUAUAACCAUCAUCAACAGCAACGCUCUACAAAAAGUUCUCCCCAUACUAUAGUAAAUCACCUUGGUGCUGUGUUUGCCCCUUUGUUGCUCUUGAGAGGUCUUGAAUACUAUGGGGCAGAUCAGCUCUCUAGAGCAAAUACUUUGACGACAAGGCUGAUUCAAGACCAUGCAUCAAUAUUCCAUCAGUGGAUACUUGACCACCCCAACGACAUUUCAUCAAGCCCCACCAGAAAGUCACCAAACACCCGUAAAAAGCACCAUGAUUCAGGAACUGUUCGUAAAAAUUUAGAAGACGCUGAGAACUUAAAUUGUAGUCAACAACGGAAGCGCAAGGAACGAAAUGAAAGUGCCAAUUCGAAUCAAAGUCUUGAACGCAAAGUGAUCAGGUCUAGUUCUGAAGAGCGCCAAGUAGAAUUAACAGUUACUGACAAAAAAAAUGAAAAUAUUCGUCGUGUCAGUAGUCAUGAAGAUUUUAGUCAUGUUAAACAGCAAGGAAAGGUUCCUAACAUCAACAAAAAUAGAUUCUCUACUGUGGUAGAAAUGUUUGACCUACCACAACCUAUUCAUUUUAGUGGAUUACCACUUCAAGAAUGUAAUCACAUUGAAAUACCACCACAGUCGAAAGAUGUUUCACUGCCCACCAUCCAAACCUCUGUGCAUGAUCCAUGCUCCCAACACAAAGAAAAUGAAUUACAGAGAGAUCAGCCACAGACUUUAAAAGGGCGAGAUCGUUUUCAUGCUGAACCACUUGAGGAUGAACAUGAAAAAAGAAGAAGCUCUGAACGUUUCUCUCGUUCUCUGAUACCUUCAAGAUCUGUGGCCAGACGCAAUAUUGGUAGGAAAAAACGAGGUCAUUCUAAUGUCUCGUCAGAUACAUCAGGUUUAUCUUCAAAGGGAAAAAAAGAUAAGCCAACGAAGCUCAGUCCUAAAAAUGUACCUCAGGCAUGUGUAUCACAGCAUGUAUUAGAGCUAUUGAACCAGCAUUCGCUUUCAUCUGAUGAGCGUGAAGAUGAUUGUGAUCCAGAAGCUGAAGUUGAAUCAUUAUCUGACGAAUCUCGACCUGGAUCAAGUCAUUCAUUUCUUCAACUUCACCCUCCAGAGAGAGAAAGAUCACCAUCACCAUCAAUCAGUCCUUGCACACCUCCUCUGGAUUUAACCACUCUGCAUCAAUCAGUUGAUGGAAGUGAGCCUGUUGCUAGCAGACUCAGCUGGGAUUUUGUUAGACCGCAACAUCAGGCAGACCGUGACAUACUUCUAUCACCUCGAAACUCAAUGAUUCUCACGAGACGUGUGUACAUGGACCACAAUGUUCCUCCAUCGCCUCCAGGUGAUCAUCAUGGCUCUUGUCUUCCAGGACCAGCAUUAGAUAUAGAAAACAUUGUUAAAAAAUACAACAAACAAAUAGCAAGCAUCAAGAAAAAGUUAAAGAAAUAUGAAGAAGGGUUUGAGAAAGAAUUUGGGUAUAGACCAUCUCAGGCUGACAAGAUGGCGAAUAAAGAUAUUAAAAAGAUGUACUCAGACUUGAAUCGUGUCAGAAAAGAAUUGAAACAGAUAAAAGAAAAUCCAUUAUCAGCGAUGGCUAGCCAACCUGAGCCAACUCUCCGCAUUGGCCUAUCAAGCAAGGGUGCUGUUCCUGCUGAAUCAAGUAAUUUUUCAAACAUAAACAUGGAAGAUACUGUUGAAGAAGUUGAGCGCAGAUUAAAGGAGAAAAGAAAAUCUACUGGACGUCCAGAGUCAUUAGAAGACAUGACUUCAGAGCAACAAGCAGCAGAGAAACUAGCAACACAGAAAGCCCUUUUAAUGUUAGAGAAAAUUUGCGGACGAGCCACAAGCAAACAGGAUAGAGAAAUAGUGAGACCACUGUAUGACCGGUAUCGUUUACUGAAAAGGAUUGUGGCCAGAGCAACCUCAUCGAAGCUUAAAGAUAGCAUUAAUGAGUUAGCCACAAUUCAUGAGCAUGAGGCCAUGGACUUUACUCCUUCGACUUCUCUAUUGGCUAUGGCAGAUGGAGUUCAAGACGUUAAUUCCAUCCCUCCAGUUCAAGGAUUUAAUUCAAACUCUGCUGCAAGCUGUGGAACAAGUAGCACUAUUGGAAAUGCUUCUCUUCAAACUCAACAAUGUACAGAAGAAACAAGUGAUAGUCAGACAAGCUCAUCUGACUCUCUUGGAGAAAAUUUGCAUGCUCUUCCCUUAUCUGACUUAGUUUUGCAGUUAACUCAAACUCGUGAGGAGAAAAAGAAGUUAAGACGAUUGCUUAGGGAACAAGAAGAGCAAUUUCAACAUCAAACUGGCAGAAGAAUGCAGCGUGAAGAUCGGGCGGCUUUGGCUGGUGAUGCAGCAGCCAGAGACUAUAGUUUAUUGUACACAUCUUACAAGCAAAUCAAAGCCAAACUUAGACUCUUAGAAGCUCUUGUAGCUAAACAGAGGUAACUUUUUGGCAUUGUUUUUAGGGAAGGGGGCUCAGGAAUCCGAAGUUGUACAAUAAAGGUACUUUUGUAAUAUCUUUUCCAAGGUAAAUGUUGUGUUAGGGUCAUAUCUUUCGUACAAAAACAGAGUUAUUACAGUCUUAUUGAAAACAGGCAUUUCCCUAUUUAUUUCAGUAAAUAAUAUGAUUUAGCUCCAGAACUCUAUUUUGUACAUGUGUAGCUUGCAUCUUAGUCGAAAUCUUUUCAUUGUUGGAAAUAUCUAUGCAAGUGGAGUGAUAUUAUCUACCGUUUGUGAGUGGUGGUGGAAGAGAAGUUAGAAGUAUAAUGGGGUUGAACAACAUGUGUUGCGAAAACAUUUUGAAAAGAGACUGAGCUCAACAGUACAAUUUACAAUGAUAGGUUCAUCUAUUUUUAAGCACAAAGUAGACAUCCUAUUGUUUUGACCAAACCCAAUUUCUUUACAAAGAAUUGAAAAGGAGAAUCUGUCCCUUGAGCAAGCAUUUCAAAGGGGUGGGAGAGGCUAUUAUCUUACAUGACUCUUAUAUCAUUUUCUUAUGUGUGUGAAUAGGAGGGAUCAGUCCAAUUACAUACAUUUUAAUUGAUUCCUGUCAAAUCAAAAAAAUUAAAUAAAGUUUAUGAAGAAAGUUGAAUAAGAGAAAAAUAAUAACUUAUUACACUCA